ACUCCUGAAAUUUUCCACUGAAGCGUAUCGAGGAUGUUUUCUGCCGCUGUCGGAUAUCUCACUGUUUCACGUUUAUAUACUUGAACAGAUGAGUAUGUGACUGAGAAACGAAUCACACAGUUCAACAUUUCUGACUGGGUGUGUGUAGGAAUUACAAAACCGAUCACAGAGCAGAUCACCGAACAUCUCUGAACAAGCUGUAACAAGAAUAACCUGUUGUCUGAAUGCCCAUAAUGAUUUCUGGAGUUGUACGCGUUGCCCUGUUCUCGAUCCUUGGUGUAGGAGGAUUUCUGACGCUGUUUGUAAUGUACUAUCAAUCAGCUCCAUCUCAGAUCUGCCCUCCCCAGCCUGCUUUGCCACAUCAUUACUCAAAGCCACCUGAGAACAGCUCCUUGUCUAAGAAGCAGCCAGAGCCAGACAAGCCCAUCAUUCUGUUGUGGUUCUGGCCUGAAAACCGCAGGUUUGAUUUUAGCGAUUGCACCACUUUCUUCAACAUUGAUGGCUGCCAACUGACAGAUGACCGGUCUCUGUACAACAAGGCAGACGGGGUGCUCAUCUUUCACAAAUCCAUCAAACAUGAUUUAUCCAACUUGCCUCCAUCACCUCGACCACCAUUCCAGAAGUGGAUCUGGUAUCAUGUGGAAUCACCUACAAACACAAUUAGGAUACCUGGUCUAGAGAAACUUUUCAACUUGACCUUGAGUUAUAGGGAAGAUGCAGACAUCCCUGUACGUUGGCGCUUAACUGCAAGGAAAGGUCAGGGUGAGGACUUUGUGCUGCCCAAGAAGGAUAAAUUAGUUUGCUGGAUUGUGAGUAACAAUAACCCUGCAACUGGAACAGCCGUAAGGGAUAACUAUUACAGAGAACUUGUCAAACAUAUUAAGGUGGAUGUCUAUGGAAAAGCCUUUGCAAGAUUCUUGAGAUAUGAGGACUACUACUCAACACUCUCCAGCUGUAAGUUCUACCUCUCCUUUGAGAACUCAGUCCACAGAGACUACAUCACUGAGAAGCUUAACGGACCACUUGCAGCAGGAACUGUGCCAGUAGUAUUGGGCCCACCGAGACAGAACUAUGAGGACUUUGUCCCGGGAGAUUCCUUCAUCCAUGUUAAUGAUUUUCCCAAUGCAAAAGCCCUGGCUGAAUUCCUCCUGAAGUUGGACAAGGAUGAUGAGGCAUAUCUGCGCUACUUUCAGUGGCGUAGAAACUUAUUUGCUCAGCAACAUCUAAUUCAACUGAGUCAAGAGUUCAUCCAAUCUAUUUGUUAUGCCUGUGACCAUAUAGGCAAACAUAAGGAGUACAGGGUUGUUCCUGAUCUUUACAAAUGGUUCUUGGUUUAAUUAGUCUCUUCUGAUUAGCUAUUACCAUCACUGGUGUACCCCCAAAC